GCGCGGUUGUUAAAAGUUUUCCGUCCUGAAAAGCUCUAAGAGGCCAAGCCAAGAAAGUGUACUUUUUUAUUUGGGUGGAUCAUAUGGAUCGUGGCGUGAGAUUUGUUGAGUCGACUGAGUUCACCCGUAUGGGAUGUAAGAAUGAUGCCGCUUCAGAAACAAUAACAUUAAAUGAGAACAUUGGGCCAUAUUUAUGAGGACCGAGGAAAUCUCUGUCUGUUGCGCGGUGAUUGCUGCCAUCUGAAUCCAGCCUCGUAAGGCGGAUAAAAGGGCGGUCUGAUAAUGUGGCAGAAUACAGUGGGCAUUACGACAUGAACUGGACGCUGACGAGAGUUACCUCGACCGUUACUCUUUCUUUGCCUUUCACCUUUGCUUCUCCAUUUCCUUCUCUCCAUCCCCUCUCCCUCCCCGAGCUGCCUAACAUGGCGUCUCGUACGAUCAUUCUCAGAUUUGAAAGUCGUAACGGCCAGUUUCGACUAAACGUUAGCCCGCAAGAUCAGUUUCCUUCUCUCCAGGCAAAGAUCUUAGAACACCUUCCUCCAGGCGUCGAACCUUCCUCGAUUAACCUCUCCAACAAACCUAUUGGCGCUAGCGGCGAAGAGCGGCUUCUGAAUACACUCGAGGGCGUCUCUUUUGAGCAGGUUGGAUUGAAGCACGGAGAUAAGCUCUAUCUUGGUUAUCAACUCAAGCAGGAUCUCCAGGAUGGCGCCAAGAAUGGAUUCACUACUGACACGACCGCACGACGGUUGAACGGAGCACCUGUAUCGCAAGCGAGCACACCAAUACCCCAGUCUCGAUCGAGUAAUACUGGUGGCAAGAGUCCGUGGGAAACGGUCAGACAAUCAGCCCUUGAUAACCGCUUGGAGAGGAAAGAUGGGAAGAUCCGGCGGAGUCGGGAUCUGAAGAUGUGCAAACACAGCGCAAAAGGCAUGUGCGACUAUUGCAUGCCGCUCGAACCUUACGAUCCGAAGUACCUGGCGGAGAAGAAGAUCAAACACCUCUCAUUUCAUUCUUAUCUGCGCAAAAUAAACGCUGCCACGAAUAAACCGGAGCUCAAGAGCUCCUUCAUGCCACCACUUAAUGAGCCUUACUAUCGGGUACGGCCGGAUUGUCCUUCUGGCCACCCGCCAUGGCCGGAGGGGAUCUGCACCAAGUGCCAGCCGAGUGCGAUCAGUCUGCAGCCGCAAGAAUACCGCAUGGUUGACCAUGUGGAAUUUGCUACACCAGACCUUAUAAACUCAUUGCUCGACUUCUGGCGCAAGUCCGGUUCGCAGCGCUUAGGGUUCCUUUACGGCACCUACGAAGAGUAUACGGAAGUGCCGUUAGGUGUCAAGGCAGUGGUACAGGCGAUAUACGAACCCCCCCAGGUAGAUGAAGUUGAUGGAGUUACCCUGCAUGAAUGGGAGAAUGAAAAGGACAUAGACGAAGUUGCACGCCUUUGCGGCCUCGAGAAGGUUGGCGUUAUCUUUACUGACUUGCUUGAUGCUGGUCAAGGAGAUGGAUCAGUGAUCUGUAAACGGCAUAUUGAUUCAUACUAUCUCUCGUCGUUGGAAAUUGCCUUUGCGGCAAGAUUGCAGGCAGGAUACCCAAAGGCAACGCAAUGGAGCCGGACUGGCCAGUUCGGUUCCAACUUCGUGACCUGCGUUCUUAGUGGAGACGAAGAGGGCGCAAUCACCGUGAGCUCUUACCAGGCCUCGGUUGCGGCAGUUGAGAUGAUUAGAGCCGAUAUAGUCGAGCCAUCGGCGGAGCCGUCUGUGAUGCUGGUGCAGUCUGAGGAGGAUACAGACAGCAAAGCGCGAUAUAUCCCGGAAGUUUUCUAUCGCAAAAUCAACGAAUACGGAGUAUCUGCACAGGUGAACGCGAAGCCCAGCUUUCCAGUCGAAUAUCUCUUCGUUACCCUAACCCAUGGGUUCCCGACUGUACCCAAUCCGGUCUUCGUUGACAGCACAUAUCCCAUUGAGAAUCGUGAGGUCAUCGGCGAAAGCCAGGAACUUCGCUCCCUCGCUCGAAAACUUGUCUCGCAUGGCGACCCUGAUAAAGCAAUCCGGGCGGUGUCCGACUUCCACCUCCUGUGCUUCCUUCGCACAUUAUCCACGUUCACCAAGGACGAAGAAGCCCUCCUCUGCCGCGUAGCAACAACCCGAAGCCCCUCAGACGGCCUACAGCUCAUCAACACCCCGGGCUGGGCAACGUUGGUCACUAUUCUUCAGGAAACCGGUGAGAGGCCCCCCAAGCGUCCCUGGCUGGAAACUCCACGUCCUGUGCCCAAGCCCCAUUCCGGAUCCCGUUACCCUCUCUCGGGCCCUUCGUCUCCCAAAUCUGAAAGUGAACAACUUGCUAAGAGGUUCAAGCGAGCUAGUCUGAGAUGACUGGCCAUAUUUCUCGAGUCGCCGAUGCCAUUCAAUCCGCUCUUACGUAUGCUGUCCUGUCCGCUUUUAGACAAGACAAUGUGAUUUGACGGAACUGUUUACUUGCACAUUCUUGACUGGACAAAUUUGUCCAGUUCUGCUCGAAUCCCGCCGGUAUACGGACUACCUCCACAAAAUCGAUCGCCUUUGCUCGUCUCCUACCGGAAAAUAUCACUCGAGCCCAGUCACCUCCUGUUAGCGGAUAGUCCAAGGGAACUAAGGGACUUGGGAUAUCAAAGGUGUAUUUGUACUAGAACAUAAGCAGCGCGAAUGAAGAACGUAACUUGUGAGCAUAACAUAACUUUCGUAUAUUCGUGAUGAUUCAGAAAGGAAAUUCGCAGCUUGCGUAUCACACAUGGUUAUGAAUACAAUUUCGGAGGAAAAAAAAAAAAGGAAAGAAAGAAAGAACCAAAUCAAGAAAUAGGUGAGAUCCAAAAGCACCAAACGCAACGUCCAGUCAUGGAAUAAAUCAUUCCUCCGACACCAUCUCCCUCAACCUCUUCUCAAGCACCCUCCUCCCCUCCGUCGUCCUCCAAACCUCAUGCGGCGCAUCCUUGACAAUAUCCCAGUUCCUCAGGUUCUUCGUGAUCCCUGUCAGAUCCUCCUGCUUGCUCGCCCACUUCUUAUCCCCGUCGACCUUAACACCCGAACUCACAACGGUAAGUGGCGUAUCAGCCAUCUGGACGUGCCUCGCAGCCUCGAUCUCCGACCUCGUCAUGGACCCCGCAACGAGGUUCUCUUGUAGCUUCGCGCGAAUAUAUUUACCCGUUUGGUAAGCGCUGCGACCGAAGACGCGGUCCUCGCGUGUGCGACCCCGGAAGAUUGCGCCGAAAAUACGGUCGAGGCCGAGUGGGGACAAGAUACCACGAAGCCAGAGGGCAAAGCCGCGACCUGGUUGUGCGAUGUCGGCUAGGUAAUCUUCAUGGAGCGGGUCGAUGAGGAAGAUGCCCUCGACCUCAAGAAGGUGGCGGCUUGCGAAGAUGCGGUUGUAGAUGCUGCCUAUUCCUGCGGAAACAAGGACCCAUGGACCCUCUUCAUCAGCGAGGGCGAGGGCUUCGGAAAGGGCGUCUGAAGCCAUGCCAGCGGAGAAGGGAGAGGGUGCGUUAUCGGACCAGGCCAUGCCCGGUCGGUCCCAGUAGCAGUAGCGGGUUAUGGCGCCCUUCUGGUGCAGUUCGUCGAUAAAGGGCUGAAGCGUGUGUUCGACAGGGCCGUCACCGGCUUCAAGAAGGACGGUUGGGGUGUCUUUGUUGCUUGUGUUGUUACCUACACAGUUGAGGUGGACUUGGUAGCUGCGCGCGCUGACGUAGUAUUUCUGUCCCGGGGCUUUGAGGCUCGCGUCACGCGCGCGCAGGAUCAAAGUGAUCAUGAACAGAAUGGAUAUGAUAGCAAUGACAGCCAUGAACAGAGUUUCAGCGAAUACAGCGAGCCAUUCACGCAGAGAACGGCGGGUCUCCUCGCGGCCUGUAAGGCGUUCCUCCUCCUCUCGCUUUCCCCAUGCGACGUAGCGGUUCUGAACAAUGUUAUAGAUUGCGAUAAUGGUUGCCCAGACCACGGUGGCUAUUCCGACCCAGCCUUCUUCAACUCGAAUGCGUGGGACAGCAAUUGUGAUGAUCAUGUCGAUGAAGAGGAAGAUGGCGAGCACUACGCCCCAUAUUGUCAUUGGCUUGGAGGGUACGGCGAAGAAAAUUAUCCCAAAGAGAAGGUAGCCGACUGUUAGGGUUGUGUAGGCGAAGGCGAAGAAUCCGGAUCCUCGAGUAUGCAGUGCUGGUGCACUGACGAAGAGCGACACUAGGAGGAAUGUCCACCAGACGAAGCUAAUGGCGAGGAAAGUCGAGGAGAGGCCCCGUAGGGCUCGGACGCUCCAGAGAUUGUAGGGCGAG